AUGGCCGAGAUAAUAAAGAUGCAAUUUAGAGACAAGUUGCUGGAAAAGAUUGUUGCACCAGAGGAUUUACUUAAUUACUCGUGGAAAAAAUUUCCUUAUUACAUUAAUGAACAUGAUAAAAACGUGCUUAUAGAAUGUGUGGUGGGACGUUUGAAGAGAAACAAGUGCAGCCGAUUGGUCUCUUCAACUGGGAGAAUCUCGCUUCGUAGUUUUCCAGGAGACAGAGUGAAAUAUAUAGGACAGAGCAGCUACAUUAAAGAGAAUAACAGGACUUUAUGUAGUGGGCAACGAGGGAUUGUGCGCGAACUGAAUGACGAUAAAGUUGCCGUGUUCUUUUACAUAAGCGGGCUUCGAACAAAGGAAGCAGAAGAAAAGGAUGCCAAAAUCCAAGUACCAUUUGUUCAAUGGCUUGAUGCGAAGGACUUUGAACAUGAUGACGAUGCACGAAUCCACAACUGCCAUGUUGGCAUGGAAGUGCUUUGUGAGAUCUUGGAGUCUCGGCAACCGAUCAUUGUAUAUUUUUCGGAUGCAUUUCCAUUUCGGUGGUUCCCAAAGACAGCUUCUUCGAAAAUCCGCAAAGAGUUUCACCGCAAGUUGAAAGACAUGUUGGAUCAAUUGUGGGGGCGAAUGGUUUUGAUUUGCGGACAAAGCUCGUGGGAAGUUGGAUCUCAAGAAUCAGCAAACAGUGUGAGUUUCUUAAGAGAUCCAUAUAAUGUUGUCGUUUUUUAUUUUCCUUGUUUGAAGAAACUCAUAAACGAGCCAGAGGUAACUAAUUAUACUCAGCUGGAAGAAACAAAGAUGAUAUUCCCUAAUGUUGUGCCUAUAAGCGUCCCUACGGAAGACAAUAUCCUGAAAACAUUCUGUGAACAGAUACACGAAGAUUGGAAAAUGUUGACGUCUCGAAAUAACUUAAGUGAAAUGCGAAAGGUUCUCAAAAAGUACGGUCUGAAAUGCAAUGGUGUGGAUCGUGUAAACACCGACGGUUUGAAUCUGAAUAAACAGAAAGCCGAGAAGAUUAUUGGCUGGGCCACAAAUCAUUACCUCUUCUCAUGUGACCUUCCUUCUUUUAACGAGGUGCCCCAAGAAAGCGUUGAACUUGCUGUGAUGAGGUUAAAGGAGCUGGAAACAAAGUCGAAGAAGGAGCCUUCAAAGACUCCCAAGGAUCUAGCGAGUGACGAUUAUGAGAUGACCUUUGUUCCCUCGGUAAUUAGUGCCGAAGAGAUUGGCAUCAAGUUUGAUGAUGUUGGCGCUCUCGAGAAUGUGAAGAAGGCACUUAAUGAAAUCUUCAUUCUCCCACUGAAGAGGCCCGAGCUUUUUUCACGUGGAAAUUUGCUUAGGCCUUGCAAAGGGUUGCUACUUUUCGGGCCGCCUGGAACCGGGAAAACGCUUAUGGCGAAGGCUCUUGCUACAGAAUCAGGGGCUAAUUUCAUCAAUAUUACUCCUUCAUCCCUCACAUCUAUGUGGUAUGGGGAUGAAGAAAAUCUUACAAGGGGGCUUUUCUCGUUCGCCCGCAAGUUGGCCCCAGUAAUUAUAUUUGUUGAUGAGGUCGAUGCUUUACUCGGUGCCCGUGGUGGAAAUAGCGAGCACGAAGCUACCCGAAGGCUGAGGAAUGAAUUUAUGGCAUGUUGGGAUGGUUUAACGUCAAAAGACAAUGAGAGAAUCCUUGUUAUUGGUGCUACAAAUAGACCGUUUGAUCUAGAUGAUGCUGUUAUUCGCCGAAUGCCCAGAAGGAUAUAUGUGGACUUACCAGACGUGGAAGUCCGGCUGAAGAUACUGAAGGUGAUUCUUGCAAAAGAGGAGCUGGAAAACGGAUUCUCGUAUGAACAACUGGCAAAGGCCACCGAGAGUUAUUCAGGGAGCGAUUUGAAGAACCUCUGUGUUGCUGCAGCAUAUAUACCUGUCCAAGAAUUCCUAGAAGAAGAAAGCAAGGCGUCCAACCCUCUUCAUAUGGUGGCAGACAGCGUGAGCCUUCUCGGACUGGGGAUCAUUACGAAAAACCUCAACCUGCCGGUUAAGGUUGUGUUUCGAGGAAUAUGUUGGGAGGUGGGGUCCCAGUGA